UGAUUUGUCUUUAGUGGUCGGGUGGCCGUAUUUAAGGGAUGGUUAUAAGAUGGAAAUAACCCACCCUGGUCUUUGUUAGGCUUUUAGGGGGAGAAAAUAUUUUUGCGGACAUUUUAUAAUAACUGUAUACGCUGCUAAGUACUAUUUUUACUAAUAUUAUCAAAUAAAUUUAAAUACACUUCACUUAAGACAAAAUGUAUGCGACAUUUCGGGAAAAUAAAUACAAUCUCCCGACUCUACCUAGGAGGGAACCCGCCUAACCAUCAGUACGAUAGGCGUCGACAGCGCUCCCAGUGUUAAUUUAUUUUUUCAAUUCACCUUGAGUGUUACCAAAUGUAACUUGGUGUUACGUACCCCAGUCAGGUUAGGUUAAAAUAUAUUAUAUAUUAUACGUCUAUGACCCCAGUUAAGGCGUCAUUUUUUAAUAAGAGGUUGGUACGUCUGACAGCUAUCAGGAGUCAGGACGCUUGCUAAUUUUCUGAAACGCAUGUCCCAUGCAAUAUAUUAUACUAGUCGUCCUCGUGACAAAAUAAAUAUUCUGUCUGGUCUAUUUUGUCAUAGUCGUCUUAUUCAGACAUUAAGAACUCGCCAGUCGCCGUUAUUUCUUAUUUAUUAAUGCUUAAAAGUAAGAAGGACGUUAUUUAAAAUCACUGUUGCUGGUACAAAUGUCAGAAUAUUUUUAUAAAUUAAUGAAUAAAGUUAUUGAAACUUAAAUUAUUAGCGAAUCGUUUAUGUACCUGAACGUCCUGCAAUAAAAUGAGUUUCUUCCGUAAGUUUUUUGGAGGCAAGAAAAAAGAAACAAAGGAACCAGAUCAGAAACCAUCGACCAGAUCAUUGACUGAAGUUGAUGCAUUGGUAAAAUUACGAUCCGUUGAAAAAUUGUUGAUGGCGAGACGUGAAAUAUUGGAUAUUAAUAUAAAAAAGGAGUUGGCUACAAUAAAACAAAAUGUUAUCAGUAAUAAACGAGUCGCGCUGAGUGCUUUAAAAAGAAAGAACUGUUACGAGAAACAUUCAUCCCAGAUCGAAGGUAUUUUAUUGACAGUCAUAAAACAACGUUUGGCCUUAGAAAGUGCUAACACAAACACAAUUUUGGUUAAUGUAAUGAAAUCGACUUUAAGCACCGUUAAAACGGCCAGUGAAAAUAUCAAUAUAGAUGAUAUUCAUAAUAUGAUUGAUGAUAUUACAAAGUCACAUGGUUUAACUCAGGAAGUAUCAGCAGCUUUUUGUAAUUCAACCAGUUCGGAAACAGAUGAAGAUGAUGAAGAAUUACAAAAGGAAUUAGAAAAUCUUGAACUAGAAGAAUUGGACCAACAAAAGGAAUCAUUAAAAAAAUUCGAAAAUCUUGGACUAGAAGAAUUGGAUGAACAAGUAAUGAACAUGGAUCGGAUUUUAGCUGUAAAUUAUCCAUUGCCAACAUUUGAACCUCUUGCACAAAUGAAAAAAACAUCUGGACGGAGAAAUUCCAUGAGGACAUGAAAACAUGAAAUUAUCUUAAAUGACAAUAGUGGUUGGUUGAACAUUGUGGAUAAUUAUUUAUAAUAAACUUAAACUACUUCUGUGUGAGUAACUCAAGCGCUUCUCAAAAUCUAUUAAGAAUUCAAUAAUUUAAAACUGCUAUAAAAUAUAAAUGUACCUUUCAUCUAGCUAACCUUCAGCUACCUGUAUAAAAUUUUGAUUUUUUUUCACUUGUUGGGAUUGUUCUUAAAACAGUCAUCAAUAAAAUAUUAU